AUGUUGGUUGGAACCGCAUCUGGUCCUCCGAUAGUCUCUGCCCAUUCACAUGCGGAGGACGAGCUGUUUAAGAAGCUCUUCAUCGGGUACAACAAGUGGUCCAGACCCGUACCCAACAUCUCAGAUGUCGUUAUCGUCAAGUUCGGACUCUCCAUAGCACAGCUUAUCGAUGUGGACGAGAAGAAUCAGAUGAUGACCACCAACGUCUGGCUGAAACAGGAGUGGAAUGACUACAAGCUACGCUGGAGACCGUCUGACUACGACAACGUCACGUCCAUCAGAGUCCCGUCAGAACUCAUCUGGGUCCCGGACAUCGUCCUCUACAACAAUGCGGACGGUGAGUUCGCCGUAACCCACAUGACCAAGGCCCACCUGUUCCACAAUGGGAAGGUGCGCUGGGUUCCCCCAGCCAUCUAUAAGUCCUCCUGUUCUAUAGACGUCACUUUCUUCCCCUUCGACCAGCAGAACUGUAAGAUGAAGUUCGGUUCUUGGACUUACGACAAGGCUAAGAUUGACCUGGAACGCAUCGAGAACACUGUGGACCUGAACAACUACUGGGAGAGUGGAGAGUGGGCCAUCAUCAACGCAGUGGGAACAUACAACACCAAGAAGUACGACUGCUGUCAUGAGAUCUACCCUGAUAUCACCUACUUCUUCAUCAUCAGACGGCUGCCUCUCUUCUACACCAUCAACCUGAUCAUCCCCUGUCUGCUCAUCUCCUGCCUCACCGUCCUGGUCUUCUAUCUCCCCUCAGACUGUGGGGAGAAGAUCACUCUGUGUAUCUCCGUCCUCCUCUCCCUCACCGUCUUCCUGCUCCUCAUCACAGAGAUCAUCCCUUCCACCUCCCUGGUCAUCCCUCUGAUUGGAGAGUACCUCCUCUUCACCAUGAUCUUCGUCACUCUCUCCAUCGUCAUCACUGUGUUUGUCCUCAACGUCCACCACCGCUCCCCGGGGACCCAUAAGAUGCCUCGCUGGGUCCACUCUGUCUUCCUGGACCUGAUCCCCAGGUGGCUGUUCAUGAGGCGGCCUGCACCAGAUGGAAGGAGACGCAGGUUGUUGUUGCUCCAACAGGGGGCAGCGGUGGCACGGCACCAGGGACGGACCACCACCACUAGACUACCAGGUGGUAAUAACAGGACCAUGAACAAUACCGUUAUACGGGCUCUGGAGGGGCUGCACUACAUCGCAGACCACCUGAGGGCAGAGGACGCUGACUUUAGUGUGAAGGAAGACUGGAAGUACGUUGCCAUGGUGAUCGAUCGUAUCUUCCUGUGGAUGUUUAUCAUCGUGUGUCUCCUGGGUACCAUCGGUCUCUUCCUUCCUCCCUGGUUGGCCGGCAUGAUCUAG